CGGGUGCGCUUUUAUGAAAAAGUAUAUAAAUAAAUUAUAUUUAAUAAAUUUGUGAAAACUUAGUUUUGAUAAGUUAAAACAAUGGCUGAUGCUGCUGCCCGCCAGCUGCAAUAUGAAUAUAAAGCGAAUUCCAAUCUUGUGUUGCAAGCUGAUGUACGUUUAAUUGAACGUCCACGAAGAGAUGAAGCUACCGGUGAAGUUGUGUCCCUUGUCGGGAAGUUAGAUGGAACACGUAUGGGUGAUCGUUACCAACGCACCAAGCCUGAAAAGACAGAAGAACGCAAAGUAAAAAGACAGAAACGCGAUGAAGCACAAUAUGAUUUCGAACGUAUGAAGGGUGCAACACUUCUAUCGGAAGGUAUUGAUGAAAUGGUGGGCAUAGUUUAUCGGCCACGUACGCAAGAGACUCGACAAACCUACGAGGUGCUACUAAGUUUUAUACAAGAGGCACUUGGUGAUCAACCGCGAGAUAUAUUGUGUGGUGCUGCAGAUGAAAUUUUAGCUGUAUUGAAAAAUGAUAAAUUGAAAGAACGCGAACGCAAACGAGAAAUCGAUAGUUUACUUGGCUCAGUUACCGAUGAGAGAUUUGCGCUCCUAGUUAAUUUGGGCAAAAAAAUAACUGAUUUUGGUUCCGAUGCUGUUAAUGCUUUAAAUUUACCUACCAAUGAUGAACAAAUUGAUGAUACCUAUGGGAUCAAUGUGCAAUUUGAAGUAUCAGAAGAAGAAAGUGAUAAUGAUAUGUAUGGCGAAAUACGAGAUGAGGAUGGCCAGGAAGAAGGCGAAGAAGCUCGUAUUGAUCACACGUUGCAUGCUGAAAAUUUAUUGGCUGAAGAAACUGCAAAUGUCAAGAAAGAGCGCGGCCUUCAUCCGUUAGAUAUUGAUGCUUACUGGUUACAACGUUGUCUUAGUAAAUAUUACAAAGAUGCUAUGGUUUCACAGAGUAAAGCAGCUGAUGUGCUCAAAAUUUUGAAAGAUGCCGCAGAUGAAAGAGAUUGCGAAAAUCAAUUAGUGCUUCUAUUGGGAUAUGAUUGCUUUGACUUUAUAAAGCAAUUGAAAAUAAAUCGUCAAAUGAUUUUAUACUGCACAAUGUUGGCUUCAGCUCAAACUGAUAGUGAAAGGCAACGUAUACGUGAGAAGAUGCGGAAUGACAGCCACUUGGCAAAAAUAUUGCGACAACUUGAUACUGGUAAAUCGGAAGAGGAUGAAUACGGUAACUCACGUGAUUAUGAAAAUAAGCGUGGGAAGGAGGAGAAUGAGGAUAGUGGUCAGGGUAUGGCUGGUCAAGUAGCAGGUGUUCGCAAAGUUUUGGAACUUGACGAGCUCUCUUUUACACAAGGUUCACAUUUCAUGGCAAAUAAACGUUGUCAACUACCUGAUGGGUCAUUUCGUAAGCAACGUAAAGGUUAUGAGGAAGUACAUGUUCCAGCUUUAAAGCCGGCACCGUUUGAUGACAAAGAAGAAUUGCAACCAAUAGAUAAAUUGCCAAAAUAUGUGCAACCUGUUUUCGAUGGGUUCAAAACACUUAAUCGUAUACAGAGCAGGCUAUGGAAAGCGGCAUUAGAUAGUGGAGAAAACAUGCUUCUGUGUGCACCUACUGGUGCUGGUAAAACGAAUGUUGCAUUGCUUACAAUGAUGCGAGAGAUUGGUAAACACAUCAACGAAGAUGGCACUAUUAAUGUAGAUGAAUUUAAAAUUAUAUAUGUUGCUCCAAUGAAAUCACUGGUACAAGAAAUGGUGGGAAAUUUUGGACGGCGUCUGGCCUGUUAUAAUCUAACUGUGUCCGAGUUGACAGGGGAUCAUCAGCUAACUCGUGAACAAAUUGCUGCAACGCAAGUUAUUGUUUGCACACCCGAAAAAUGGGAUAUAAUCACGCGAAAAGGUGGUGAAAAAACCUUCACCACAUUAGUUCGUCUUGUAAUUAUUGACGAAAUUCAUUUGCUGCAUGACGAGCGCGGUCCUGUGCUAGAGGCUCUGGUAGCACGCACCCUACGUAACAUUGAAACAACUCAAGAACCUGUUCGUCUAGUUGGACUUUCAGCUACAUUGCCAAAUUAUCAAGAUGUUGCAAUGUUUUUGCGUGUCUCACCGGAUAAAGGUUUAUUCUAUUUUGACAACAGUUUCAGGCCAGUAGCUUUGGAACAGCAAUACAUCGGAGUUACAGAGAAAAAAGCAUUAAAACGUUUUCAAGUAAUGAAUGAAAUUGUUUAUGAAAAGACAAUGGAACACGCUGGUCGCAAUCAAGUAUUGGUGUUUGUGCAUUCACGUAAAGAAACUGGUAAAACCGCCCGUGCUGUACGCGACAUGUGCCUAGAGAAAGAUACACUUGGCAGUUUUCUGCGUGAAGGUUCAGCUAGUAUGGAAGUUUUACGUACUGAAGCGGAUCAAGUAAAAAAUCCUGAAUUGAAAGAGUUAUUGCCCUAUGGAUUUGCUAUACAUCAUGCAGGCAUGACACGUGUGGAUAGGACACUUGUGGAGGAUUUAUUUGCUGAUCGUCAUAUACAAGUUUUAGUAUCCACAGCUACGCUUGCUUGGGGUGUAAAUUUACCCGCUCAUACCGUAAUUAUAAAAGGCACACAAGUUUAUAAUCCUGAAAAGGGUCGUUGGGUUGAGCUUAGCGCACUUGAUGUGCUGCAGAUGUUAGGUCGUGCUGGUCGUCCACAGUACGACACUAAGGGUGAAGGUAUUUUAAUAACAAAUCAUAGUGAAUUACAAUUUUACUUGUCAUUGUUGAAUCAGCAGCUUCCGAUAGAAUCGCAAUUUGUAUCCAAAAUGCCUGAUAUGUUAAAUGCAGAAAUCGUGCUGGGUACCGUGCAAAAUGUCAAGGAUGCUGUUAUCUGGUUGGGCUAUACUUAUUUGUAUAUACGAAUGCUACAUAAUCCUACAUUAUAUGGCAUCUCUCAUGACAGCAUAAAAGAUGACCCAUAUUUAGAGCAACAUCGUGCUGAUAUCGUUCAUACAGCAGCCUUGCACUUGGAUCGCAGUGGUUUAGUAAAAUAUGAUCGCAAAAGUGGUCAUUUUCAAGUAACCGAACUUGGUCGUAUUGCUUCUCAUUAUUAUUGCACACACGAAACUAUGAUGACUUACAAUCAACUUCUCAAACAAACACUUAGUGAAAUUGAACUUUUCCGAGUCUUUUCGCUUUCUAGUGAAUUUAAACACAUAGCUGUUAGGGAGGAGGAAAAGUUGGAAUUACAGAAACUUAUGGAACGUGUGCCAAUCCCAAUAAAGGAAUCUAUGGAAGAAAAUAGCGCUAAGGUGAAUGUGUUACUGCAAGCCUAUAUAUCACAACUUAAAUUGGACGGAUUUGCACUAAUGUCAGAUAUGGUUUUCAUAACUCAAUCCGCAUCAAGACUGAUGCGAGCAAUAUUUGAAAUUGUUUUAUAUCGUGGUUGGGCGCAACUAGCCGACAAAACACUAACUCUAUGCAAAAUGAUCGAUAGACGAAUGUGGCAGUCUAUGACGCCACUACGACAAUUCAAAAAAAUGCCUGAUGAAAUUGCCAAGAAACUAGAGAAGAAGAACUUUCCUUGGGAACGAUUGUAUGAUUUAGAACCAAAUGAGAUUGGUGAGUUAAUACGUGUACCGAAAUUAGGCAAGACGAUUCAUAAAUUUGUGCAUCAAUUCCCAAAACUUGAACUUUCCACACAUAUACAGCCUAUCACACGCGCAACACUUAGGGUAGAACUGACAAUUACACCAGAUUUUCAAUGGGACGAAAAAGUUCAUGGGCAAUCGGAAGGAUUCUGGAUUUUGAUAGAGGAUGUCGACUCUGAGAUUAUAUUGCAUAAUGAAUUCUUUUUGUUGAAGGAAAAAUAUGCACAGGAUGAGCAUCAAAUAAAGUUUUUCGUUCCAGUUUUUGAGCCUCUUCCUCCACAAUAUUUUCUAAGAAUUGUUUCAGAUCGUUGGAUUGGUUCAGAAACACAAUUGCCGGUAUCUUUCCGACACUUAAUAUUACCAGAAAAAAAUAUGCCACCAACAGAAUUACUUGAUCUGCAACCAUUGCCUAUUACGGCAUUGAGAAAACCUAAAUUCGAAGAAUUUUAUGUAGAUCAAUUUCCACAGUUCAAUCCUAUACAGACGCAAGUAUUCAAUGCGGUGUACAAUAGUGAUGACAACGUUUUUAUUGGUGCGCCCACUGGGUCCGGAAAAAUGACAAUUGCAGAGUUUGCUAUCAUGCGGUUGUUUGCACAGAAUGCGGAUGGUCGCUGUGUCUACUUGGUAUCAAAAGAAGAUUUAGCCGAUUUAACUUUCUCCGAUUGGCAAGCUAAAUUUAGUUCUAUAGGAGUAAAAGUAGUGAAACUAACUGGCGAAACAGGCACAGAUUUAAAAUUACUUGCAAAAGGUCAGAUAAUAGUUACCACCGCCGAUAAAUGGGAUGUGCUCUCUCGUCGUUGGAAACAACGUAAGAAUGUACAAAAUGUACAUUUAUUCAUAAUCGAUGAACUGCAGCUUGUAGGUGGAGAAGAUGGACCGGUUUUGGAAGUUGUGUGUUCUCGUAUGCGCUACAUAUCCUCACAAAUAGAAAAACAAAUUCGUAUUGUAGCGCUGUCCUCCUCAUUGGCUGAUGCACGUGACGUGUCGCAAUGGUUGGGUUGCAAUGCAAAUGCUACUUUUAAUUUUCAUCCAAGCGUACGCCCCAUACCAUUGGAACUGCAUAUACAAGGUUUCAAUGUAACACAUAAUGCAACACGUAUAGCAACAAUGUCAAAGCCUGUUUAUAAUGCUAUCAUCAAAUACAGUCCACAUAAACCCGUACUGGUGUUUGUAUCAUCGCGUAAACAAGCCCGUUUGACAGCAAUUGAUAUUUUGACUUAUAGUGCUUCAGAUUUGCAACGUAAUAGAUUUUUCCACGCUGAAGAGGAAGAUAUAAAACCAUUCCUUGACCGUAUGUCUGAUAAAACGUUAAAAGAAACGUUAUCGCAGGGAGUGGCCUAUUUACACGAAGGCUUAACUGCUUCCGAUUCACGUUUGGUGGAGCAACUGUUCGAUUCGGGUGCCGUACAAGUGGCGGUUGUCGCUCGCGAUUUGUGCUGGGGCAUGAGUAUUUCUGCUCAUUUGGUUAUAAUAAUGGAUACGCAAUUCUAUAAUGGCAAAAAUCAUUCAUAUGAAGACUAUCCCAUCACAGAUGUUUUACAAAUGAUAGGACGUGCAAACCGUCCAAUUGAAGAUGCCGAUGCUAAAUGCGUGCUUAUGUGUCAGUCAUCUAAGAAAGACUUCUUUAAGAAAUUUUUAAAUGAGCCUUUGCCAAUUGAAAGCCAUUUGGAUCACCGCUUACACGAUCAUUUCAAUGCGGAGGUUGUGACCAAAACCAUAGAAAACAAACAAGAUGCUGUGGAUUAUUUGACCUGGACUUUCCUUUACAGGCGUUUAACACAAAAUCCCAAUUAUUAUAACUUACAAGGUGUCACACAUCGUCACUUGUCGGAUCAUUUAUCUGAAUUAGUAGAAAACACAUUAACAGAUCUGGAACAAUCCAAAUGCAUUAGUAUUGAGGACGAAAUGGACACUCUACCAUUGAACUUGGGUAUGAUUGCGGCGUACUAUUAUAUAAACUACACAACUAUCGAACUCUUUAGUUUGUCCUUGAACAACAAAACCAAAGUACGUGGUCUAUUGGAAAUCAUAUCUUCAGCAGCAGAGUACGAGGAUAUUGUGGUACGACAUCAUGAAGAAAAUAUAUUACGCAGCUUGUCGCAACGUUUACCAAAUAAACUAACUGGACCCAAUGAAACUGCACCUAAAUUCAACGAUCCACAUAUAAAGACAAAUUUAUUAUUGCAAGCGCACUUAUCGCGUUUACAGUUGGGACCAGAAUUGCAAGGCGACACAGAAAUAAUACUUGGCAAAGCCAUACGCUUGAUACAGGCUUGUGUGGAUGUGCUGAGUUCUAAUGGUUGGUUGUCACCUGCUGUAGCUGCUAUGGAACUUGCACAAAUGGUAACGCAAGCCAUGUGGAGUAAAGAUUCGUACUUAAAGCAGUUGCCACACUUUAAUGCAGACAUCAUCAAACGUUGCACAGACAAGAAAAUAGAAACAGUUUUUGAUAUAAUGGAACUUGAAGACGAUGAUCGUACACGUUUACUGCAGCUGUCGGAUGCACAAAUGGCAGAUGUUGCAAGAUUUUGUAAUCGUUAUCCAAAUAUUGAAAUGGACUUUGAAGUUCUUGAGAAAGAUCGUAUACAUUCAGGUUCAACAGUAAAUGUUGUUGUGCAGUUAGAGCGUGAAGAUGAGGUGACCGGUCCGGUAAUUGCACCAUUCUUCCCGCAGAAACGUGAAGAAGGAUGGUGGGUAGUUAUUGGCGACCCGAAAGCAAAUUCAUUACUUUCUAUUAAGCGUCUAACACUGCAACAGAAAGCUAAAGUCAAGCUUGAUUUCAUAGCUCCUAGUCCAGGACGUCAUGAGUACACUUUGUAUUACAUGAGUGAUUCAUAUUUGGGCUGCGAUCAAGAAUACCAAUUUUCUAUUGAAGUUGGAGACUUCCAGUCAGAUGAGAGUGACUCUGAUUAAAUUAAAUAUCUCAAAAUAUUGCUAGUGAUUUUUGUAAAUCACCAAUGUUUUAAUUUACAUUUUAAAUUAAUGAAGAAUUAAUUUAAAAUAAAAACUUGUUUAGCAUUCACAUAAUAAUUUAAUUAAGCAGUAAGACAAGAAUUUGUAAAAAAAGGUAUAUAAUUCGCGGACGCGCGUAAAAUACCGCAUGUUUGAAAAUGUAUUUCGAAAGAAAAUUUUAAGACUUUCCGAAUAAAUUUAUUUUUUAUUUUAGUUUA